AUGAUUUCUCCAGUCGUUUGUUUCCCGAAGCCCGUCGCUGGUUUCCCGCCGGAGUGGACAGAUAGUACUUGGAAUCUUCGCUCUCUCUCUCAUGUUCCAUAUUCUUCACGAAAUGGCUUUCGAUUCUCCCGUCGGACACGAGGAAGAAGAAUUCUCAUGUGUUCUGAUUCAAGCUCUCACUCGUGGAAUGUUCCUGUUCUAUCUACCAAUGAGGUUGUUGAGAGGCUAAAACUAGCAAGAGAAGGACAAGAAGAAUUCAUGGCCAUGUACUCAAGUGUUGUUAACGGAAUCACAACCGAUCCAGCAGCAAUGGUUCUUCCACUGGACGAUCACAUGGUUCACCGUGGUCAUGGAGUCUUUGACACCGCCAUGAUCAUUAACGGAUACCUUUACGAACUGGAUCAGCACCUUGACCGUAUCCUACGAUCUGCAUCCAUGGCUAAGAUCCAACCUCCAUUCGACAGGGAAACAAUAAAAAAGAUUCUCAUCCAAACCGUGAGCGUUUCUGGAUGUAAAGACGGAUCUCUAAGAUACUGGCUCUCUUCAGGACCAGGGGAUUUCCUCCUAUCUCCAUCUAAGUGUCUUGGAUCAGCUCUCUACGCCAUUGUUAUCCAAAAGGACUUCACCGUUACCACAACAGGUGUCAAGGUAGUGACAUCUUCCGUCCCUAUAAAGCCUCCAGAGUUUGCUACGGUGAAAAGCGUCAACUACCUCCCAAACGCGCUCUCGCAAAUGGAGGCUGACGACAAAGGAGCUUAUGCGGGUAUUUGGGUGGAUAACGAUGGGUUUGUUGCGGAAGGUCCUAACAUGAAUGUGGCGUUUGUUGUUAACGGUGGUAAGGAGCUUGUGAUGCCGAGGUUUGAUAAUGUUUUGAGUGGAUGUACGGCGAAGAGGACUCUUACACUCGCUGAAGAGCUUGUAAGCAAAGGGAUGCUUGAAAGUGUGAAAGUUAUGGAUGUGACUGUUGAAGAUGGGAAGAAAGCUGAUGAGAUGAUGCUUCUUGGGAGUGGAGUUCUCGUUCUACCUGUGGUUCAGUGGGAUGAAGAAUUUAUUGGUGAUGGAAAAGAAGGACCUGUAGCGAAGGCGCUUCUGGAUCUGUUGCUUGAAGAUAUGAGCUCUGGUCCACCUUCUGUUCGUGUUCCUGUUCCGUAUUGA